GACAACGCCUCGCUGAUUUUCCGACGUCGGCCUCCAGGGCCUCCUGUGCUGAAGGGCGGUCCGACAUCAUUCCCGCCCCCUGAUAUGGUUCACUGUCCAGCACAGCAAAGCGAUCGGCAUUUCUGCGUCGAAUCGAGUCACUCGCCACCGCCUGUGACUGUUGCCGACGUGGCGCCUCGGAGCGUUUUUCUCACCGGACCGAAUGCCCGGGUCAUGCUGGCCACGACCUCGAGACGAGGUUCCUCUCAUCCAUCGUGUCAAGCUAUUGCACGGGCGGAGCCACUCGGACUUGCAAAAAUGUUAUUUGGCCGUGGCUGUGCCCAGGCGUCGGUUCGCCAAGUACUUUGCGCUUUGACUCGGUGGAUAUCCCCUAUCAGGCGCUUCAGGCCCAACAUCGAGUGUCCUUCGAAUUCGCUCAGUCAUGCAUGAGUUAUCGCAUCAACGACAUGUGUUGUUCUCACGGACCGCUAUCAGAACCAGGAAGAUCGUUCAUCGUUCAGAGUGGAGUGUCAAUGCGUGCCGGAGACAUGCCCCAAACAUGCUGCCGCUUCUGUUACUCGUGGGGGUGGGUGGGAACGUUCUGGAUUGAAUACCCAAUCAUGAUCGACUGUGAUUUCUUCUGCACCGAGGACCUCCGAUUUUGACACAGAACUGCUCUUCUAUGAUUUCUGGCCCUCGUUUCUUCCAUCGCGCCUGUAAAUGUUAUCACCUGAUCGCGUCACAAUCAGAUCACGUGCCUGGAGCCUGAUGUGAUCCCUUCCGAUUUGUCAACUCUUACUUACUUACCUACCUGUCAG